AUGAUGAAUGACUACGUCAAUAAAAUUGAACCGGAGAACACAAAGUAUUCGUUAUUUCAAUUACAUCCAAGUUCAUGUACUGCUAUGGAAACUGAAGUGGAGAUAACAGCCAUGUGUUCAUUUUCAGACUUACUAUUUAUUGGAACAAGCAAGGGUUUAGUAUCUCAAUUGAUUAUUCAAGAGUUGUAUGACAAUAAAACAUCAUUUUGUUUCAGUAAUGUUCUAUCAAGGAGAAUAUUUACUAAACCUAUUUCAAGGCUUGAAACUUCUUCCAAAAAAACAACACUUUCUAUUUUCAGCGAUGAAAAUCUUACCUUAUGUAACGCGGAAAAACUUGAGAUCAUGAAUUUUAUUCCAUCUUUCAAAGGCGUUUCAUCAUUCCAUUUGUGCUCUUUCGAUGAUGAAAAAGAGAAGCUGUGCAUAGGAUUUAAAUCGGGUUUAAUCCAACUACAUCAUAUUUUUGUAUCAACAUGUAUGCUUGUUUUUGAAACCAGGUUAACAGAAGUUUCACAGUCUCUUUGCAUCUCACCACAAUUUUUAUGUGUUGCAUCGGACAGUAGUUACAUAUCAAUAAAUUUACGUACAAACAGUACUACAGAGUUAUUGCGUUCAGUAAAAGAACCAGUACGAAAUUACAUAGUCUAUUUUACUCAGAAUGAAUUUAUUGUUUCUGGUCCAGGAUCAUUGGGUAUUAUUGUCGAUGCUAAUGGUGUAUCUCAUCGUGCACCACUUCAAUUAUCACCAAAUAUAGUAGAAGUUUUUGUGUGGAGAAAUUAUUUCUUCACUAUUACUGACGAAUUUUUUACCAUUCACAACAUCUUGACACAAUCCCAGAUACAAACAAUAAAUCUUCAAAAGCCAUCUGUAGCUUGUUUUUCUGCUGACGCUCAUUUGUUAUACUUUACUGGAACAUCUGACUGUAAUACUGACACUACAUCCAUCAGAAAUAUUCAAGUCUUAGGACCAGAACGUUGGGAUUUGAUUGCACGGAGGUUCAUCUUAACUGGUUGUCUUAAACAAGCUUUCCUUGUACAACAACAAGAACGAAAUCGUCUUACUCAAGCCAUGCAGUUGCAAGUUGAGAAAUUCAAACAUGAACAACAAUUAUUCGAUAAGAGACGUCAACGGGUACUUGGACUUUUAGGAUUUUAUCAUUUUGAAAAGGGCGAACUAGAUAAAGCAGCUUCCUACUUUGAACAGAGCACUAUAGACAUACGUGAAAUUCUGUUUCGGUAUUCUGAUCUCUUGCCAAAAGGUUGUUAUUUUAUGCCAAAUUGGUUUUACAAACUACAUCAGACUAAUCCCGAAGCUAAUCAUGAUAAUGACGAUAAUGCUCAAACGUCUGGAUUUAAUUUGACUAGUGAUUUGUGCAUUUUAAGAGCUGCAGAAGAUUCAGAUAAUGAUGAUCAUGAUCUAACAAUUAGUUCAUCAUGGUUAUUAAAAUAUGAAGAAUUCCUUUUCAACUUUUUGCGUAAACAUCAUAAAAGUAAAUUUGUUGAGAAGCAUUUACAUUUUGUAGAAACUGCUUUAGUUAAACUGUACGUUCGAUUACAACAGGCUGGUAUUCAACCAUAUCCCUAUGAAUUAAUCAUUGAUACGUCUUCUAGUGAUUCUCAGUCAGGUGAAGGUGGUCUCACUAAGUCAACUAACAAUAAUAAUCAAGGUUUAGUUGAUCUGAUUUCAAGCUUGAUACACAUUGACGUGGAAGAUCUAACUGUCUACUUAGAAAAUAAUAAUGCUUACCAUGCUUUGGCGCUUAUUUAUCGUUGGCAAGGUAACCUUUCAGGUGCAUUGGAAAUAUGGCGAAAACUAGUUUACAAUGAACUAAAUGAUUCAAGUUUUCCAGGAGUAGAAUUUUAUAUUUCUAUACUAUUGGACCUAUCCGCGCAUAAUUCAACUGACUCUCAGAAACAAUCACUUUAUAAGGGAGCGGCUAUUCAUUCGUCAAAUGAUGUAAAUUAUGAGUUCUCUGUUUAUUCUGAAUUAGUUUGGAAUCAUUUUAUGCAAGCUUUAACAACUAAUCAUGAGAUUAUAGCUGAACAGCUCAUGCUACGUUUUCCUAUUCCCUCAAGUUAUGUUAAUUCAUCAUGUGAAUUGUCUGUUAUUGAAGGCAGUACAACCGAAACGUCCUUGGAAAGUAGCCUUGCACCAUCCCAAAUUCUAUCACCUAAUCAUAUUAUUAAAAGCCUUAUUUCUUCAUAUCCAAAUAUGACAAUGACUUAUUUGAAACAUUUGUGUUCUUCUCUACCCAAUUGUCAUCCAGAAAAUCAUAAUCUGUUAGGCAAACUUUAUUUAAAUACCCUAUUAAUGAAAUUAAGGAGUACUGACAAUUUAUCUGAUGAUCAAAUGAAAAAACAAAUCCGUAAAUUGAGAACUGAAUUUUGCCAACUGAUCCGUUAUUCAUUAUUGAUAUCACAUAAAACACUACUGGACCGUUUAUAUAAUGAGAGUGUUGCAGUUCAAAAGAAGCUCGCCUAUGAACUAGCGAUUCUUGAAGGAAAGGCCAAUAAUCAUGUGAAGGCUUUAAAAUAUCUUAUUGAAGAUGUAAAUGAUUAUAAAGCCGCAUUGUACUAUUGUCUUACAUUCAGCCGUCAACAACCUAUUCAUUGUAGUGCACGUAACAAUGAUACUAAUGUAAAAUGUAAUACAAUAGCAGUAAAUUCACUUGGUACUUAUCACCAUUGGGACCAGUUUGAAUUUAUGGAAGGUGAUUCUAGUAAUCAAUCAAUAUCCUCCUUGUUAUUUACAACAUUUGUUGAAAUCUGUCUUGAUAGACUUCAUACUAACGAGAACAAUUCUAAAGAUAUAAAGAAAAUGAUUUUGAAUCUUCUGAAUAAUCCUGAUUUAAAAUUUAAUUAUUCAAAGUUAUUAUCUCGUUUUCCAUCAACAUGGAGCAUUCUGGAAAUCAAACCAUUUUUACAUAGUGCAUUUCGAUCUACUCUACAAGAAUGGUCAGAACUUCAGUUAGAAUAUGGUUUGACUAAAUAUAAUGCGAAAUUAUCUAUUGUUGAUCUCCCUAACAAAUCACAUUUUCUAUUAAUUAAAGAUGAUACUUUGUGUUCUGUAUGCCAUCAAUCAAUUUGUGUAUAUGGUCCAUCUGGUAGCUUUGCUUGGCUUAUUCCUAAAAACCAAGUUGUUCACACUCACUGUUUGUCAUCUAAUCAAUGA